GUAUUAUCUCUCGAGACCUAAAAUGGCUACAUGAUAAAUAAACCUCUAGUAACAUUUCUAAAUUGAUUUUUACAUUAAUUCGGCUACCUCAUCAGCUUUCUUUAGUAGUAUGAGAAUCUUACGAUGGUGCAUUGUCACCAUUUUAUUUUGUAUGAUAUGUCGGGAAUUAACAGAGGCUAUGAGCAAAAAUGAAAAACGUCAUUGGAGGGAUAAGAUUAUAGAAAUGUUUCGACACGGAUACUCAAGUUACAUGACAUAUGCAUAUCCAGCUGAUGAGUUAAUGCCUCUAAGUUGUAAGGGGAGAUAUAGGGGAUCAGAACCAUCUCGGGGAGAUAUAGAUGAAUCAUUAGGAAACUAUUCUUUGACUUUAAUUGACACGUUGGAUACACUAGCAGUUCUAGGAGAAGUUAAUGAAUUUGAAUCAGGCGUCAAAAGAGUCAUUGAAAAUGUUCGUUUUGACACUAACGUUGUUGUCUCAGUUUUUGAGAUGAAUAUUAGAGUGAUCGGUGGCCUCUUAGGAGCUCAUAUUCUCGCGGAUAACUUCAAAGAAAACGGAAUCAGUAUGUCUUGGUAUAAAAAUGAACUUCUAACAUUAGCAACAGAUGCGGCUGAACGUUUACUACCUGCAUUUAAUACAACAACAGGAAUUCCUCUUCCACGAAUUAACCUAAAGCAUGGAACAAAAUAUUUGUCAAAUUUUAAGGAAACUUGUACAGCUUGCGCAGGAACAAUGAUCUUAGAAAUGGCAGCCCUAAGUAGAUUAACUGGUCAAAGGAUCUUUGAAGAAAAAGCUGUCAGAGCGCUGGACGCUUUGUGGUCUUUACGACACAGAGGAACAGAUUUAAUGGGUACUAUCCUUAACGUUCAUAGCGGUGAAUGGAUUAGACGCGAUAGCGGUUUAGGAGCUGGUAUUGACUCCUAUUAUGAAUAUUUAUUAAAGGCUUAUAUUUUGUUGGGAGAAGAUAAGUAUUUACAUAGGUUUUCUGUCCAUUACGCAGCUUUAAAGAAGCAUGUUCACCAAUCUGGUAAAUCUUUACCAGUGGAUGUUCAUAUGCAUAAACCAGAAAGUAAUGCAAAAGCUCACGUUGAUGCCCUAUUAGCAUUUUGGCCAGGUUUACAAGUGCUAGCCGGAGAUGUUUCAUCAGCUAUAGAAUUACAUGAACUACUUCAUCAAGUAACUGAACGUCAUGGUUUUUUACCGGAGGCUUUCACAACCGAUUUUCGGGUUCAUUGGGCUCAUCACCCUUUACGACCCGAAUUUAUAGAAUCAACUUAUUUGUUGUACGAAGCAACAAAUGAUCCCCAUUAUCUUCGAGUAGGAGCUGACAUGAUAAGAAAAAUAGAUGAGCAUACAAGAGUAGAUUGCGGAUUUGCUGCAAUAAAAAAUGUCAAUACAAGAGUGCUUGAUGAUCAAAUGGAUUCAUUUGUUUUAGCUGAAACAUUCAAAUAUUUAUAUUUACUUUUCUCUGAGCCAGAGGAUUUAAUUGUUGAUCCGCAUAAAUUCUUGCUAACUACUGAAGCUCAUUUACUACCACUUUCCACAGUCAUGCAAAAAUCACCAACAAAUGCUACAUUUAACUUGAAUUAUUCCCAAAGGACUUGUCCAAAUAGUGCUUUUAAUGUUGAAAAGCUCAGGUCUCCUUUAAGAGAUAUUGUUCAAGAGUCUUGUCCGAGGUCAGGGGGCGAUGGAAGAAGAAGGUUAGAAGCCAGGCAAUUUUCCGCAGAUAAUUCUAAUCAUUUAGAGGAAUUAAGGAAAAUGGGUGUCAAAUUAGUUACAAUGAAAGAUGGUAGAGUCCAACUAGUUCACUCAAUGGUAGAUGCCGAUUCACCUAAACAAGCUCAGGAUGGUCUUUUAUUUAUGCAGGAAAUGAUAGAGAUGACAAAGAAUUCACAAGAUCAAGGAAAUUUACAAGAGCCCCGUAUUGUUCAAUUUUUAUCAAGUCCAUUUUUAGGACACAAGGUUCUAAAUGGCGGCCCUGCUCAAUUCGGUAAAGAUUUGAAGGAGUUAGGACAAAAUGGUAUAGAGGGUGAACUGGCGAAAGCGGAGCCGUACAAAGGCUGCUCAUCUCUUACAAAUACAAAAGAAGUGUAUAACAAAAUCGUUAUUGUUGAAAGAGGAGCGUGUAUGUUUAUUGAUAAGGCUAGAAAUUUACAAGCAGCUGGUGCAAGUGGAGGAAUUGUUAUUGAUGAUACUCCUGGCAGUAGUAGAGAAACCUCAACUUUAUUUGCCAUGUCUGGUGAUGGAAAAGAUGAUGUUACAAUACCCUUAAUUUUUCUCUACCAUAAAGAAGGCGAAGAACUGACAGAUAUUUUGUCUAAACACUCAGAACUGAAAGUUAUGAUUGCUUUCACUCCAAAAUCAACUGACAGUAUUUUAGAAAGAGCAACAGCGGAUUCGAGCCAAGAUAGUGGUGUAAAAUCAGUUGAUGGUAAACCAACAGACGCCAGUACUGAAGUGAAACAUCAUCUCUCAAUAGAGGAAGUUAAAGCAGAACUUCGAUAUUUAAUAAGUGAUAUCAAAGAUACAGAGCUACACAGCGACGAUUUUGCCGUUCGAUUCACGAUAGACAUUAUUAAUGGACAUCAGCAAAAAGUUCCAGAAUAUAAUAGAGAUGCUAUAUCCAAUGCAGCAUCAGACAGAUUGAUAGAAAUAAUAAGUAGCAAAAUUCAUAUUAGCCCUGGAACUGCAAACAUACUAAGAACAUUAGUUAAAGCUGUUUGUUCUGGAAGUGCUAUGGAGUUGAAUGCGUAUGAAUCAGUAGUUAUUAGAGAGUUAAAAAAAAUGCUAGAUGUAUAUAUUGAGGCUAGAGACGAAAGAAAUAAUAACCGAGGAGAGUCCCUUCCUGAUCCACCAAGCAAUCCGCAAGUAAUUGAAAGUACAGAUGAAGUCGAACAAAUUGAUAUCGUAGAAGAAAUAAGCCAAAAGGAAGACGAUAGUAUUGUUUCUGAAGAGAUGCCAAACGAUAACACUGCUCAAAACGAUGAGACUAUGCAAGAAGAAGCUAUAGAAAAAUUUGAUGAUAGGACUAGCUCAGAUAACCGUGAUGAAUUAUAA